AUGGAACAGUUCUACAAGCAACUCCUCUACGAAAACACUGGAAAACAUUAUGAAUCAUUUACGGUACAAAAAUCCAAGACCGUGGAGAUGAUUAUGAAUGAUCAUGAUCUCCCCGAAUCGAUCUCCAUUCAAAUCAUGAAAGCAAAAUGUUGUGUGUCUGAUAGUUCCGCAUCUACCUCUGCUGCAUCCAUAUCACAUGAUCAUGAUGUCAUGUUGAGAGUUGUAAAACAAUGCGCAGACGAAUCCGAUACACUCUACCAGAGAGAACUUCGAGCUUGCCGUGUCAUUCAAUCCCUUCAGCCCAACGAAAAUAUUUGUGAAAUUUUACACGUGAUUGAAAGUGUUAAAAAGAACACUCGAUAUUUGGUAAUUAUUAUGCCAUGCUAUCGAGAGGGUGAUUUGGAUGAAUAUGUGGAAUGCAUGAAAAAAGGAGAGAAAUCUCAAUUCUCGACGGAAGUAUUAUUUGACUUGGCUUUUCGAUUAACGAGAGUGUUGACUGUUCUUCAUACAGAUGAAAGGAAGCUCAUUCACAGAGAUUUCUCACUUCACAACAUUCUUAUUGAAGAAAUUGGAAAAAAUUAUUGUCGAAUUCGUGUCAUUGAUUUCGAACAGGUGUUGCUUUUAGCGCAAGAAUCGAUUGACACGUCAAUAAUUGUUGGGGAAAGUCAUAGUAGUAGCAGUAGUGACAGUAGUGGCAGUAUCAACAGUAGCAACAGUAGCAGUUGUGACAGUAGUGUAUCUUCUGAAAAACAAGCUUCCUUUUCUGUUGGAAAACUUCACAUCAAUGCACCAGAAGUCAAACAUCGAAAAUAUUCUCCACACAUUGAUGUUUGGAGUCUUGGUUGUGUUUUAUAUCAAGUCAUUACUCAAGAUAUGAACACUGUUCUAUCCACACUCUCACAAUCAGAAAUCUGGAAACUAAUCUUUGACGGUAGUGAUCAAAUGAAAAGAUGUCAACUUGCUCCGUUUAUUUGGUCGUGCUUGCAGAUCGAACCUUCAAGAAGAAUGAAUUCUCAACACAUUAUGGAAACUUUAUUAAUGGCUUGGUAUUUUUAUUUUAGAGAUUUGAAAGGUCACGAAUCAGAAAUGGAAUUUCAAAAUUGCUUACUCGAAGGAAUCUAUCGAAUGAGCGCAAAGGAACACGUGGAUUCUAUUGACGUCGUUGCUUGGAUGCAGAAACAAAAAGAAAAUUUACCCUCUGAGCUGCAUUAUUUGGCAGAUUGUAUCUGUUUGUUGAAAAAUCCAAACGAUUUUGGCGAUCAUUUGAAAGAUUCUCCUUUGGCUUAUGUGUUCAAAGGAAUGAACAUGACAGACAAUCAUGCAGCCAUUGAAUGCUAUUCGAAAGCCAUUGAUCUUAAUCCUACUCAUCCCUAUGUUUAUUUGAACAGAGGAUUUCGUUUAGAGAAAUUGAAUGAUUAUGAUUCAGCAUUAGAGGAUUAUUGUACUGCCAUCUCUCUAAAUCCAUCAGAAAAACAAGUGUAUAUUAAUAGAGGAAGUUUAUAUCACAACAUGAAACAGUAUGAUCUGGCAAUUCAAGAUUUCAACAAAGCCAUUGAGAUAGAUCCCAAUGAUUUUGAGAUGCAUUUCAAUAGAGGUUUAAUUUAUGAAACUAUUGGACAAUUAGAAAAUGCUCUCGAUGAAUAUUCUUGUGCCAUUGAAUUGAAUCCAGAAGAUAUACCCUCAUUGUACAGAAGAGGUAGUAUUUAUUUGAAAUAUCAAGAACGAAAACAACAACAACUAUUGGAUCAAGCUGUUCAAGAUUUCACAACGAUUAUUCUGCUUGAUGAGAAAGAUGCCAAGUCCUAUCAUGCAAGAGGCCUCUGUUAUUUAGAACUAUCAGAAUAUGAACUGGCCAUUGAAGAUUUUACAACAUGCAUGAAAUUAGAUCCCUCUUUGGAAUCAAAAACAGUUUUAGAAAGAGGAAAAGCAUUUUUUUAUGUGAAAGAUUUCGACAAUGCCAUGAACGAUUUUUGUAGAGCGAUUGAAUUGAUUGAACAAGAGCCAAAGAAUGUUCGAGCGUAUAGUUACAGAGCGAAUGUUUACUCGUUAUUUGGAAUGAUUCAAGAAGCCAUUGAGGAUUUAAGUAUGGAGAUUGAGUUCACAAAUGAAAGUCCACAAGCUCUUGCUCAGAGGGGUUUUUUUUAUUCACUUCAACACGAGUACCAAAAGGCAAUUGAUGAUUGUACAAAAAGUAUUGAAAUAGAUCCCAUGAAUGGUCAUCCCUAUUAUAACAGAGCCUGUGUUUACGAUUCACUUGGUGACUAUGAACAGGCCAUUCGCGAUUUUUCGUCAGCCAUUCAAUGCAACCCCUCAAUGUUGCAGUCCUAUUUGGACAGAGGAGAUGUUUAUAUGAAGAAGAAGGAUUAUCAGAGUGCAAUCAUGGAUUUCUCAUUGGUGAUAUCAGCUUCGCAUGACGUGGCACAAAUCAAAAGAGCAUGUGAACAACGGGCUUUGGCUUGCUCGGCAUUGGGGCUGCCAAAUGACGACAUUUCGGAUGAAUCCUCAACAUUUGAAGAUGGAUUAAUCUCAUGUGAAGAAGAAAAACCAAGUCUCAAUAAAUAUAAAUUAUAG